GCCGCCGGCCGGCCGCGCAGAGCCCGUCCGGCGCGUCGGAGAGCGCUGCUGCCUGUGCACGGGGUCAGGGCCGCCGCCUGGAGCAGUCCGAACGCUGCCGCGCCGGAGAGCACGGACAACUCCGAGAGACGGAGCACCGCCCAGGGGCAGACGAGACCGUGAGAGGACAGAGACAGGCGGGAUGCGUGCUGGGACUGAGGUUUCCAGUGGCGGUGCGACUAAAGCUGCAGGAUAGACCGCGUGGCGCCUCGGCCGGUCGUCGGAGGACUGCUGAUAUCUUCCAACCGCCGAGGUGAAGAACAGGGCCGGCCGGAGGCGGUGAUUGACCGUGACGAGCCGAGGGCGCUCCACCGCCGCUGGAGGAGCGACGAGAGGAGCAGUUGUGCCGCUACGAGAGGAGCAGUUAUACCGCGACAGCAGUAGUUAAUGGUUCGUCGCGAUGAAAGAUUUUGGUUGGUAGAGAGAGCAGCACCUAUAUCGCCUAGAAAGAACAGUUGAACUUCAACAGGACGAGCAGUUCUUUACGACAUCGGAGAAACACCCAGUCGAGAAGGAGAAGGGGAGAGGUCGAGGAGGAGAGGUUGAGGAGGAGAGGAGGAGAGGAAGAGAGGAACAGAGCAGUGUUACCGUGCCGGCACAGGUGUCGUGCUGUGAUAUAGGAACGCUCGAGAUGUUGCCGUCCGUUCCGCAGACGCCGGCGCUGCUGCCGGUGCUGCUGCCUGCUCUGACUCUAUCUCUGGUCUCCGGGGUGGGCCGGCCGGGCGGUGUCUGUCCGUACAGCGGCUCGGUGGCCGACUGCGCCGCUCGGAAUCUCACCUCCCCUCCGUCCGGUCUGUCCCAGAACACCACCGAGCUGCUGCUGCAGCACAACCGGCUGGCGCGGCUCGACUUUGGCCGGCUCGGCCUGCUGCAGCGGCUGGAGCUGCUCAACUGCAGCGGGUCCGGCCUGAGAGCCAUCAGCGGCAGCGGCGCCGGCCUGCCCAGUCUGCAGCGGCUCGACCUCAGCGGGAACCUGCUCUCCGCCGUCUCGGCCAACACGUUCCGUAGUUUCACGGCGCUGCGCCAGCUGGACUUGUCGCGGAACCGGAUCGGCAGCGUGGCCGACGCCGGCCUGGUGCUGCCGCGGCUCACCGAGCUCGAUCUGUCGCACAACCUACUCACGGCGCUCACCAGGUAUGCGCUGAUCGACCUCACCGAGCUGCAGUCAGUCGAUCUCUCGCACAACCUGCUGCUGAGGGUGGCGGGCGGCGCGUUCGCCGGCGCCCGUAACUUCUCCCGCCUGGACCUGUCCUCCAACCGGCUGAGUCGGCUGCAUGUGGCUGCACUACGUGGACUGCACGUGCAGACACUGGAUCUAUCCGAUAAUAUGUUCCGUAAUCUGCCGACUGAGGCGCUGAAGGCGGUGAAAUUUGCCGGGGUGCUGGAAUUGAGCGGUAACCCGGUGGAGCGGCUCGGUACCCGCGCUCUACACAAGGUGAGCGCGCGUCAGGUGCAGUUCAGCCGGGCGGCCCCGCUGCGGCGCGUGGCGCGUCACGCGGUGGACGACUGUCCGCUGCUGGAGCGACUGACGCUCUCCGACAACCCGCGGCUCGACUUUGUCCAGCCGGAGAUGGCCCGGCGAGUGCCCCGACUGCGCCACCUGGAUCUCUCCGGGAACGGUCUGCUGACGCUGCACCCGGCCGCCGUGCCCGACUCCGUGCAGCGGCUGGACCUGCGCCGGAACCCCCUGCGCUGCGACUGCACGCUGCGCUGGCUGGUCGGAGGCCAGAGGCAGCUCACGGCGGCGGUGGGAGACGUCUGCGCCCCGGCCGGCCUGAGCGCGCUCCCACCGCGCUGUGCCCCGCACGUGCUGCCUCUGUUCGCUGAGAACCGGACAGAGCGGCUGGGCGAGUCGGCCAGCUUCCUGUGCGCGGGCGGCGGCGUGCCGGCGGCCAGCCUGCUGUGGACGCUGCCCGCGGGCGGCCGCCUGUCCGAGGGCCAGUGCACCGGCCGCGUGUGUCACGAGAGGGGCCGGCUCACCGUCCGCUACCUCCACACCAACGACAGCGGCCGCUACACGUGCGCCGCGUCCAACACCCUGGGCCGGUCUCACCGCUCUGUGGAAGUCGCCGUGCGCAGUCCGCGGGUCGUCCUCGAGCCCGUCUCCGUGACCUCCACCUUUGUCACCGUGUCCUGGAGCGUGACUGGCGGCGCUGCCGUGCUGCUCGGUCAGCGCCGCGCCACCGACACCAACACCACCCACUUCAGCGCGCACAGCCUGGGCCUGCAGGCGCAGAGCUUCACCUUCAGUCAGCUGGCGCCCGGUACCGAGUACACCUUCUCAGUGGCGCUGCAACGCGCCGAGUUCGUCAUCCCGCUGAAGGCACUGACGGUGACCACCAGGCGCGCCGGGUUCCUGCACAUGCGCGGCCGGCGCAGAAACUAUACGACCGUCAUCGCCAUGGCGGUGCCGGCCACGCUCAUCGUGCUCACCUGUCUGGGCGUGUGGGUGCGCAAGCUGCACCACUGGCGCCGCCACAGGAGGCACCUGACGCUGCAGCAGCUGGCACGCGGCGGCGGCGGCGGCGUGCUGCCCAGCGUCUCCAACACCUCCGACAUGGCUCUGCUGAACCACGCGGCGGCCGUACACGCCAGUGAGCAGCGCGCCGAGGGGCCCGAGCCGCUGCUCGAGACGGCCGACGUCGGCUGUCUCAGCCAGUCCACGGACGAACUGGUGCCCACCUCCGCCGGGCGAGCCGCCGGGGCCGGGGGCUCGAGCGUAGAGAGGGACGCGGCACAGGCCCGGAGCUCGAAGUCUGAGAGGGACGGUGCGCCGACUGGUUCGUGCGCAGUGAUUUCAGUAGGCACUCGGCAGGAAAACAGAGCGUCUGCGCCACCUGUGUCGAGUGAUGUGGUAGGGAGAAUCUGACUGCGUUGAGGUUGGUACGUACAUGCGUGUGUGUUUCUGCGCGAGCGCUGUUCCUUGCUGACCCAGUGAUGUUACUGUACAAAGACGUCGCCCCUAGUUUUCCUGGAGAGACUAGCGAUGGAGCGGUGAUCAGGUAGCCGCUGGUCUGCGAACGGUAGGUGGUUCCGCACAAGUAAUAUGUGUUGUUUGUUGACGUUGGUCAUAAAAUACAUUUUAACAAAUGGCUGUUUUCAUCGAUCGACACCGAAAACAACUGAGGUUGGAAAGAGGCCCAUUCGAGUAAUUGAGAGAAGUGCGCCGGUGUGUUUUUAGAGACGGGCCUUCAAUCGACG